AGGGAGCCGGAAGUUGCAUUGUGGGUCAAUGUUUUAGUCGGCUUUCGUUAUUAUUUCUCUGUUGUUGAAUUUGUUAAAAGUGAGUGCUCCUUUUAAAUUAGAGCCAUUUUGAUAUUAAUGAGCAGAUAGACGAAUCUAUGGGGAAUAGGUGGUCAUCAUUCAAAAGAGGUCAACCGGAAAUGGACGAAUAUAUGACGAAUAUGUGGUCAUUAUUCGAAAGAAGUCAACAGGAAAUGGACCAAUCUAUAAGGAAAAUAUCGUCAGCAUUCGAAAAUUGUCAAAGUGAAAUGAAAGAUUCAAUGGAGAAAAUCGUGUCGUUCUUUAAAAGCAGUCAACAUGAGAUGGAUAAAUCAGUAAAGAAAAUGUGGUCUUCAUUUGAACACUGUCUAAAGGAAAUGUACGAAUCGAUGGAAAAAAUGACGUCGUUAUUUGACAACUGUCGAAAGAAUAUGUACGAAUCAAUGGAGAAAAUGGGGCCAUCAUUUGAAAGCAGCCUACCCGUAAGGGAUGAAUCAAUAAACAAAAUGUGGUUCUCUAUCGAAAACUGUCAAUAUGAAAUGGACGAAUGUCUGGGGAAAAUGUGGUUAUCAUUCGAAAACUGUCAAAAUGAAAUGGACGAAUCAAUGGAGAAAAUAGAGUCAUUAUUUGAAAACAGUAAUCAGGAUAUGGAUGAAUGUAUGUGGUCAGCAUUCGAAAACUGUCAAGAGGAAAUGUACGAAUCAAUGGAGAAAAUGGAGUCAUUAUUUGAAAGCGGUCAAGAGGAAAUGGACGAAUCAAUGGAGAAAGUGGAUUCUUCAUUUGAAAGCAGUCAGGAAACGGACACAUCAAUAUGCAAGACGGAUUCGUCAUUUGACAGCAGUCAUCAGGAAAUGGACGAAUCAAUGUGCAAAGCGGAUUCGUCAUUUGAAAGCAGUCAAGAAAUGUUCGAAUUCGUGGAGGAAAUUGAGCCACCAUUCGAAAUGUCUCAGAGUCCGAUGGACGAAUGUAUGCGAAUGACGUCAGAUCAUAUGGAUGAGGCGAAUAAUAAAAUUAUCCGAUGCAGGUCAGAAGCUUUGGGGCAUACUCUACCAGCGAUCGCAGCCGACGUCCAAUCCCAGGAAACAGCCCGACAAGAUGACUCUCAAACUGUAAACGAUGGUUUGGAGACGCCCCUUACUACAGCCCCAGCCGUGGCAUUAACCACACGUAAUCGCACCAGUCUUGGGUUCAAUUUUUGGCUCACUGUGUGGGUCUUGGCCCUAGUAACAGUUGUUUUGUCCCUCCGCGUGUAAGCUCUACAACUUCAAGUUAAGAUACAAAACAUCAACCAACUAGUAAAUAAACAACUAAAAAUGUAUUAAUGAAAGUUUGCUUUAUACAAUAAAUGAAAUGGGUUGACGAACAACACUUUAAAAUAAUACUGUAAAAAAUCAAAAUCAGGUAUACUAAUCCUGAAUUCGAAAGGAUAUCAAUCAACCUCCAGAGUUUUUUCAACUAAAGAGUAUGAAUUUUC